AUGGCUGAACACAAUUCUUCUGGUCAGCACGUCCCAAAAUACUAUGACGACUACGAGGAAGAUAACGGUACCACUUGGUCGAACCCUAAGAAUGUAUCUGGUAAAUCACUGUAUCGCGCUGUAUCCCGCCACCUCAUCGGUACCCCUGAUGAAGGCCUGGCCAUACAGGGUGUUGCCAUGGACUUUGUGAUUCGUAUUGGAGCACAGCCCGAGCAUCCACACCUUGCGCAGUACCUUGCUCGCGCAGAGGCGUGUUUGAAGGAGACCGGCAUUCCUAUUUUUACGCUUCUCGAGUGUCCCGACCUUCACCCAAACGAACACGUCUUGUGGGCCAUCGCGACGGCCUGCAAAGUCCAGUUCCGAGUGUAUGGUUCCAUCACAGCAGACGGUGAAGCGCAGGAUCUGCUCUACAUAGUCGGCGCCGAAAGCGCGUAUCCCUAUGCCGUCCUCCAGCGCCCAGCCAUGGGAACCGUGCCCUGGAGAUUCUCAUGCCUUCUGCCAGAUGAAAGCGGUCGCGAGAUGCUGGAAUGGCUUAUUGAAACGCAAGGACUCAUGCUCAGCGAAAGGCACCUUCCAGAUGAUGAGCAGACAUACGGUGGAGCACAGCUGAACAAAGUCGGCUACGCCUGGGUCAAAAAGGGCAUGGACCGAAACUGA